UUUUCAGUUUUUCCACGACAGUCGUCUAGUACACACCUAAUUAGCUACCACUAAAUUGUUAUCUACAUACAUUAAUACAAUAGUGAAAGACUCAUCAUCAUUACUGACCCCAUCUAACUUUAGAAUUGAUCUUAUAAAGAGUAUGAAGUGUUGAGUUUGUUUCAAUCGUUUUGAAUUUUUGGAUCAAAAUGUGGAUUAUACGUACAGUGUUAUUUGUUGCUGUUACAUUCAAUUUAGCUCUAAUCAAUGAAGCAACAACAACACUAGCACAAACAAGUGUUACUGAAAAUGAUUCCACUACAAUAGCAACCACGAUACCAUCAAGUUCAGCCCAUACGACAUCUGGGAAAAAUUCAACUAAUAAUCAUACUGGAGGUCAGUCAAAUAUAACAAGUACAACAUUACCAUCAACUAUUGUUUCAAAUUCUACUUCUGUAUCUUCAACUACUAUUUCUUUGCGUUCUUUAAAUGCUACUACAACUGCAUCUACUUUAAAAAUUAAUUCAACUAAGAGUCAUAAUGCAACUGAAAAAAGUAUUAAUAGUACUACAAAUACAAUUAGUACAACAUUACCAUCAACUAUUGUUUCAAAUUCUACUUCUACUUCUUUGCAUUCUUUAAAUGCUACUACAACUGCAUCUACGUUAAAAAUUAAUUCAACUAAGAGUCAUAAUGCAACUGAAAAAAGUAUUAAUAGUACUACAAAUACAAUUAGUACAACAUUACCAUCAACUAUUGUUUCAAAUUCUUCGUCUACUUCUUUGCAUUCUAUAAAUGCAACUACAACUGCAUCUACUCCAAAAGUUAAUUCAAUUAAACAUCAUAAUACCACUGAAAAAAAUAUGAAUAGUACUACAAAAAUAACCAGUACAACAUUACCAUCAACUGCUGUUUCAAAUUCUUCUUCUACUUCUUUGCAUUCUUUAAAUGCAACUACAACUGCAUCUACUCUAAAAGUUAAUUUAACUAAACAUCAUAAUACCACUGAAAAAAAUAUGAAUAGUACUACAAAAAUAACCAGUACAACAUUACCAUCAAUUAUUGUUUCAAAUUCUACUUUUGGUUCUUUAACUACUACUUCUUCGCAUUCUUCAAAUGCUACUACAACUGCAUCUACUCCAAAAGUUAAUUCAACUAAAAAUCAUAAUUCAACUGAAAAAAGUAUGAAUAGUACUACAAGUGUAAUCAGUACAACAUUACCAUCAACUGCUGUUUCAAAUUCUACUAUGAAUGCUACUUCGAUACUCUCAACUACUGUUUCUUCCCUUCUGUCAAAUACUACUACUACUACUACUAGUUCUAGUUUAAAACCUAAUUCAACAAAAAGUCAUCAUAAUACGACUGAAAAGGGUAUAAAAAGUACAACAACAUUACCAACAUCUACUGUCUCUAAUUCUACUCAUAACUCUACUUCCAUAUCUUCGACUACUGUUUCUCCGCAUUCUUCUUUAAAUACCACUUUAUCUGCAUUGAAAAUAAAUGUAACAAAAACUCAUAAUGUAACUGGAACAAGUGUAGAAAGUACUACUAAAGCAUCAAUUAAUGUAACAACUCCAGUUUCUGGAACAACUAAUCUAUCAUCAACAAAAAUGAGCAAAGUAACUGGAAAAAAUAUAACAAGUUCGACUAUUCUAACAUCAAAUGUAACAUCUACUACUGCAAAUCCUCAUCAUGUAACUUUAUCAACUGUAAUCAAAAAUUCAACAAAAAAAAUUCAUUCUACUUCAGUUGGAACCAGUUCCGAAGGUACUACCGUAACAAAUAAUGUUACUGGUACAACUUCGAAUUCAAAUACCAGUAGUACAACUCCAAGUUCGACGACUUUAGUAUCAUCGUCAGCUAGUGAUACUGAAGAUAAAACAACAACAGUAGCCAGCACAACACCUACUGGAAUUGAUGCAACAACUUUAGCAAAUAAUUCAUCUGUUACUCAUACAUCAGUCACUAAUGCGACUGAACUCACAUCAACAACACCAAUAAAUAAUUCAACAGCUACAACAAUAAAUGUAGUAACAUCAACUACUCCACAACCAACCUCGACUACUCCUCAUUCCCAAAAGAAUAGUACUGAAGAAUCAGUUCAUUCAAACGCAACAACUGUUGCUUCUACCACUAAUUCAACAGAUCCAGAUCGUUUAGCAAGAAACGUUUUAUUGACGGUUGCUCCAAAUACAUCUGAAACAAGUAAUUCAACAGAGAAAAGUGUAACAACAAGUGCAAUCACUAGCACAACAAGUGCGAUUACCAGCACAAAUUCUAAUACUUCAACAUCUACUUCUGACUCUACUCAUUCAAUUAAUACUACAGAAGUAAUACCUACUACAACACCUAUUCCAACAACAACUGUUGAUGCUAAAUCAACAUCAAUUAUAGUUAAUCAUGUUAAUAGCACAGAUUCCAAUCAUGCUACAAAUGCUACUUCUACUACACCUUCAUCAACAACAGUGACAACAUCUAAAACAGAAACAACUACAAAAGGAAAAACGGAAAUUAAUAAUUCUACAGCAUCAUCAAUGCAUAAUCAUACAACAACAGAUAUGGGCAAUGAUGUUCCUAGUGGUGUAAAUUCAACUACAUCUUCUACUUCUACUACCAGUGCUCCUACAACAAAAGUUGAGUCUGUUAGUAGUACAGCUUCUACUAUGUUAAAUAAUGGUACAACGAAAAAAGCUGAAAAUGCAACAACUGUUUCUGGCUCGACAGAAAAAUCUAUGGUUACUGAAGCAACUACGAAAGUUCAUUCAUUAAAUAGUACUACUGAAGAAUCAGCUACUAGUACUACUGAAGGAUCAGCUACUAGUACUACAAAAGCAUCAGCUACUAGUACUACUGAAGGAUCAGCUACUAGUACUACAAAAGCAUCAGCUACUAGUACUACUGAAGCAUCAGCUACUAGUACUACUGAAGCAUCAACUACUAGUACCACUGAAGCAAAAACUGAAGUGAAGAUGGAAAUUUUUGGCGGAAUUGUGAUGGAAACUUUGGCUGAUAAUUCAACUGCUAAAGUUACUACUAAAAAUGAUAGCAGUGUAAAUACAACAGAAAUGACAACUGUACCUAGUACUACAUCAAAGGGUACGACUAAAGUAACUACAAAAUCAUCUAAUGAAACUACUCCAUCACAAUCGACAACGACAAUUACAACUGUAGCAUCUGGUAAUCUUACUACUAAACAUGAUUCCCAUUCUUCUACUACUCCUACUACUCGAAAAUCAUCAACUGUCUCUCCUACUACUUCAUCUUCUAUUGAAUUAUUUACUAUGUCAGGUGAUAAGUUUAAUUAUGUUGUGGCAAAUGAGUCAACUGGAGUCCCGUGUAUUCUAGCAAAUAUGACGAUGACUCUAAGUGUUGCUUACAAAAAAAAAAAUCAUCAGGCUGCUAAUGGAAUCAUGAAAGUUCCCUCGACAGCUCAUGUGAGUGGCACUUGUGAUGACAAAGUCUCACAAAUGAUACUUGAUUGGAAAGAACCAGAGAAACAAAGAACUCCAAGAUCGAUGAUAAACACUAAUGAUACAAAACAUAAUAUCAUUGUCCUAAAUUUUGUAAAUGAUGGUAAAGUAGCUACUUUAGAUAAUGUGCAAGCUAGGCUAUUCCUUGAUAACACUCAUUUUUCCAAUGCUUCUGAUGGAACAUUGAUGGGUAAUUCAACCAACAAUUUGAAGUUAUUUAAAACUCAAAAGAACACUGGACAUUAUGUAUGUAAUACUGUAACAGAAAUAACUGCUGAAAACAUCAAAUUAUCUAUAAGAAAUGUUUCUUUAAUUGUAUUUAAUACUGACAGCAAUCUAUCAUCAAAAAUAGUGGAAGAUUGCAUUUCAGCUGGAAUGAAUAUCGCUGGUAUUCUAGCAGGACUAGUAGUAGCAAUUAUAAUCAUUGUAGUUAUUUUAUACUACAUGGCGAAAAAACAUAAAAAAGUAAGAUCACGAGAACUUCCUUAAGUAAUUUAUAGAGUAUCUAAUUAAAAUUAUAGAAUAUUUAAAAUAAUAAUUACUAUUAGCUCAAAAAGUAAUAUGUAAAAUGAUAUAUGUAAUUAGUUUAAUCAGUAUAAGAUAAUAUUUUUGUGACUCAUUGAAUAAUUAUAGAUAGUAUAACAUUUCAAUGCAUAUUUUACAUUGUAGAGUUAAUUAAUGAAACUUAUAAUAUUACAAUGGCAAUGUCAAUUUAUCAGAUGGCAUGACAGUAUUUAUAUUAAUGACUUUUUUUACAUAAAAAAUCAAUUAUUGCCAUAUUAAUAU